UGCCAAUGAUUCUGCUGGAGUUAGUAGCCUAAGUAAGCUCAGCUAGCCUAGAGUCUUUACUAAAGUAGACAGACAAGACAAGAGACAACAUUCUUCCUUCCCAGUGCAACUUUGACCAUUAGCAGACAAACCACAUUCUUUUACAAACAUGUCUCUUGACCUAAUUACAGCUGCAUAUGCUGCUACAAUCGCCACCGGAGGAAUAAUAGGAUAUGUCAAAGCUGGAAGUGCUCCGUCCCUAGCCAUGGGAGUUGCUUGUGGGACUUUGAUGAUGUUUGGAGCUUUUCAGAUGGGACAGGACCCUAAAAAUAUCACCUUGUCUUUGGUGACGUCUGCUGUGCUGACGGGCGUCAUGGGAUACAGGUUCUCAAAUUCAGGCAAAUUUAUGCCUGCUGGCUUGGUGGGAACUCUCAGCUUACUUAUGGUAAUACGACUUGCAUACAGAGCCAUGUCAGUCUAAAUUGUCCAGGAGGAGUUCGCUUCAAGUUUUGUUGAACAGAGCAGCACUUUUUAAAGAAGUUUAUAUUAUGCAUGCAUUAAUUUGCUGGAAUUUACAUUUGGAUUUUACUCUAUGAUUUCUAUUAAUUCAUAAUCAGAGUUUAACACUCACAGGGAAAAAUUAUUUCUUUAGUUUAUGUUUUGGUGUAAAGGUUACAUUUUCUUCUAUUUUACAUAUAUUGUUUAGAGGAAGAUCUUAGAACCUUGAAUUUGAAAUAGAUAGCCCUCGAUAUGGUUCUGCACUCUUAAAAAAAUAAUAACCUUUGGUAUUUCUUACUGAAAAUUGAAAACCGACAAAUUUAAAGACACAUUACAGAAGAAAUGCAGAGUUCAGUUUUCAUGGUUUGAGAAUACCUUGAGGGCUGCAUGUCAUAGAAUGGCAUGAUUCAUUUUCCUCUGAUUUGGUAUAGAAACUUCCAUCCUUUCAUGUUCAUCUCUACUCAUUCUGUACACUGUUGACAUUUGUCAAAUCUUCAAGUAUGUGUUCUGAAUGUGUUCACAUGCCAUAAAUUCUUUCUAUUUUGACGACUGUACCGCAGGUUGGUAUUAAAAAUAAAAUAAUAUGAAUCUUUUUUGUUUCAAA